GCAUUAGACUAUAAAUAUCAGUUACCUUCUUCUCAAAGCAAACCAUCACAUAAACUCCUUCAAUUUUCUCUUAUCAUUGUUUCUAUAUUCCAUCAACAAACUCCUUGCAUGGAGGGACAUGGCAUCGUCAUCGUCUCCUCUAGUAUUCUCGGUUAAACGGUGUGCUCCAGAGUUUGUUCGGCCUACAAACCCUACCCCACGAGAGGUGAAGCAGCUUUCUGAUAUAGAUGAUCAAAAAGGCCUUCGCUUUCAAGUUCCUGUGAUAAUGUUUUACCCAAACAAUCCUUUAAUGAAAGGAAAAGACACUGUAAAGGUCAUUAGAGAAGCCGAUGCCGAUAAUAGAAAACUCAUGAUGUUCGUUGAAGCCGAUGCCGAUACCACACUUGAGAAUCUUGGUGAUGCAAUUCAACCAAUGUGUUCAUUAUAAGAAUUAAUGAUAUUUGAUGAAAGUGAUGCAUAUAUUGGUAAAGAUGAUCUUGGUACAAUGCAAGUGACCCGAUUGAGGUGUGGAGGAUUUAUAUUUGCACUGCGCCUAAACCACACAAUGUGUGAUGCUCCUGGCUUGAUCCAGUUCCUCAACGCCAUAAGCGAGAUGGCUCAAGGUCUGGCUGUGCCAUCUUUGCUGCCCAUAUGGCAAAGAGAGCUGUUAAAUGCCCGAAGUCCGCCACGAAUAACCCGUAUACAUCAGGAAUACGAGGAGGUAAACAACACCAAGGGAACACUAAUGGCCAUGGACGAAAAUAAUUUGGUUCAUCGAUCAUUCUUCUUAGGCCCCAAGGAGAUAAGAGCACUUAGGAACCGACUUCCUACAAGCCUCGAUGCUUGCUCGACGUUUGAGGUUCUAAUAGCAUAUGUAUGGAGAUGCCACACAAUUACAUUUGCAGUAGACCCUGAUGUUGUUCGCAUUUCAUGCUUUAUCAAUAUACGAGGCAAGCGUGGUUUUGAUCUGCCUCCAGGAUACAAUGGAAAUGCUUUUGCGUGUCCAACUUCAAUUACUAAGGCUGGAAUACUAUGUAAAAACCCAUUGGAAUAUGCGAUAAGGUUAUUAAAGAAAGCCAAGGCAGAAAUGAGCCAAGAGUACAUGAAAUCAGUGGCAGAUCUUAUGGUCAUCAAGGGCCGACCCUCAUUUACGCAGCCGGGGAACUAUCUUGUUUCAGAUAUCACACGUGUCGGGUUUGGAGAGGUUGACUUCGGGUGGGGGAAGCCAGUUUAUGGUGGGGGUGCUAGGGUUUUAUCUAUUUUUAGCUUCUGUAUGCGGUUCACGAACAGCAAAGGAGAAGAAGGGAAUGUUAUACCUAUAUGCCUGCCUCCGCCAAUCAUGGAAAGAUUUGAACAGGAGCUAAAGAGAAUGACAGAAGAGUCAAAGCCUGUUAGACUUAUUACAUCCAAGCUCUAAAUUUAAGAGAAUCUACAUGGAUUU